AUGUCAAAUGAAAUCCGAUAUUGUGACAGGUGCUCGUACCUCUUUCUCAAGUUCUCGUUAAUCGUAUAUGCAACAAUUUUCUGGCUCAUAGGGGGCUUUAUAUUGGCCAUUGGCAUUUAUGCGGAGGUGGAGAGGCAACAGUACAAAACUCUGGAAGGAGUAUUCCUGGCUCCUGCCAUUAUCCUCAUUGUGCUCGGUGUGAUCAUGUUCAUCGUCUCCUUCAUCGGUGUUCUGGCAUCUCUCAGAGACAACUUGUGCCUUCUCAAAGUGUUUCUUUACAUGCUGGCUCUCUGUCUCAUUUUGGAGCUUGUCAGUGGGAUUCUUGCUUUGAUCUUUAGGAGACAGACAGAGGACCUUCUCAACAAAAACAUCCGCAAAGGCAUGGUCAAUUACUAUGAUGACCUUGAUUUCAAAAACAUCAUGGAUUUUGUUCAGAAAAAGUUCAAAUGCUGUGGGGGAACCGACUUCAAAGACUGGGAGGUGAACAUGUAUCAUAACUGCUCUGCUCCUGGUCCUCUAGCGUGUGCGGUGCCUUACACCUGCUGUCUGAGCAAGAGUUCUGAAGUUGUUAAUACUUUGUGUGGAUACAAGGCCCUGGAGAAAGAGAGGCUAGAAAAUAUAGAUUUGAUCUUCACCCGUGGUUGCACUAAUGCUGUCUUCAUUUGGUUCAUGGACAACUAUAAAAUCAUGGCUGGACUUCUACUGGGCAUCUUGGUUCCUCAGUUUUUUGGUGUGAUCUUUACCUGGCUUUAUAUCACCCGUGUGGAAGAUGCCAUCGAGGAGUAUGGACACUAUAUGGAUGGUCUGCUGGACGGCGGGACCCAGGAGACCAAGAACCAAAGCAAGUGGGCCAAAUGCUGUAAAUGCAUGCCUUUAAUUGACUGAGUGCAAACUCCUAAAAAGCCUUAAAUUGGAAGCAAAAAGGAUUUACAGGUACUAUCAUGUGCUGUGGGUGAAAUGAACAGUUUGUAGCUCUGCAAAACUCAACCAUGCUGUUACAUUGGUAAUAUCAGCCACAGACACACUGAUGCAAGCCAUUUUUAUACCGUCAAUAUUGUUUUCUUGUGUGUGUCAAAAUGUACUGAUGCUAGGACUGACCUUCUGUCUCCAGACUAAAUCAGAUCUGAAGCAGUACACUAAAGAUGCGUUGUGUUGACCGAGUCUGAAUGCCUUUAGAUUUAACACAGUUUAGUUGUGUUUAAAAAGCACACCAUUUUUAAAAUUGGCUCCCUUUCAGUCUCAGGUAAUACAAUUCAAGGUUUCUUUUUUCCAGUGCAAACAGAGCUAUUCACUUGAGUGAACUUCUGCCAUUAAAGUCUACGAAAACUGCAGCUACAUUGAUCAUAAUAAGAGUGCUGUUUCCUUUGUACAUUGUGUCUAAGAUGACUAAUAAUAUAAAUCCUGACUAUAUAUAUGAGCUGAUUAUUUUAUAGUCUUAGAAUCUGGGAAUCGUUGUGCUUCUAAUUAUUUAUAUAUCUUUUAAAGUAUUUUUUUUCUAUUUCUUUGGUUUUGUUGCCAAAUGGUGAUGGUUUUUAUAUUCCCCUCUAUUCUGUUGUCUGUGGUGUCUUUUUAAGCAUGAAAAUAAUUCAAGUUAACUGCAUAUUUUGACCUGUCAUUUCAUUGACAAGAGAAUCAUCUGAUGGCAUAUUUAUUACAAUUCAUGAAAUAUUGCAUUCAUACGUCACUUUUCAGUGAAAGAUUAUUGCAACCAAGCACGCUGAAAUGAAUUAUAAUAUUAAAACGUGCCAUUUUUCUGUUCCUUUUAAUGUGAUUUCAAUGACUAUAUCUUGACCUGACUGUUAAAGCUUGAGUAUUGCCCUGAGCACAGUGAGUGUCCUGCUGAAUGAAUGAAUAAAUGAUGUUUACAGA